AUGACAUCCUCCGACCUCUGUGCGGCACUUCUGGACUUCACCAACGCCUAUGGGUCGGUACCCCACCAGGCCCUCCUGGAUGCCCUCAGAGGAUCCGGUGCCGGAGACGUCUUUACCGACCUGAUCGCGGACCUGUGCCGCGAUCGUCGCCGCCGAGGGGGACACCGAGCCGGUGCCCAUACUGGCCGGUCUACGCCAGGGCUGCCCCCUGAGUGGGCUACUCUUCAACCUGUGGUGGACCCGAUCAUCCAUGACGUCCAAGGCGAGGACGACGCCCACAACAUCCUGGUAUACGCGGAUGAUUUGACUCCCCUCGCGCCCAACCCGGACCUUCUUCAGCGCCGCAUUGACAGGGUCGAGGUGCUUGCUACCUCCCUCGGCCUGUCUUUAAACCCGGCCAAGUUUUCGUCCCUGCACCUUAGCAGUCGGACACCUGUUGCACUCCGGGACUACCAGCCCCAGCGCUUUUUUGGGCGCCAGGUUGGAUUCCACCCCGUCACCGCAACCGGCAACGUCACUGACGACGCGAUCUCCCAGGCACGGGCCAUCCUUACAUCUAUGUCGGCCCCUUGGCAAGGCCUCGAUGUCGUCCGUACCUUUGUGUACCCGGCAUUGAAUUUCGCCAUGCGGUGCGCUGUGCUGACAAAGACUGACUGGCGCCGCCUCGACGACGCCGUUCGGCCCCUAGUCAAGCGCAGCCUGUACUUGCCGGAGAACGCGUCGACUCAUUACGUAUACGGAAGCGCCGCCGCAGGAGCUGUUGGUCUACCUGCUGCAGCCGAGCUGAGCGACAUCUUUCGCAUCGACUCGGCGUUUAAGCUCCUCACCACUGCUGAUAGGGAGCUGCGGGACAUGGCGCUCUUGGACGCUUAUUCGGUGGUGUCAGGGAUGACAAGAGAAGUGGAAACAGAAGAGGAAGGCCAGAGAAGAAAUGAAUGGAAUACGAAUAAAGACAAAUGGCAAAGGAAAAAGAAGCGACAGGUGCGCGGGGGAGACGCCAUCUUGGAGGGCUGGCGCGCGCAGAGGAGAACGGCGGUGAAGGCGACGGUGAAGAUAGCCGAUGGUCCGCGCAGUCUGGGCCGCCGAAGUACUAGCCUCGGCGAGCAGCGGUCUUCAUGA